AUGGACAGCACGGGACUGUCGAUUCCGGCGGUGGAGCCGUUUCGGCAGGGCGACGACUUCGGCCGAUGGUUGCGCGGUGUCGAGCGUUACCUGUGUGCGGUCGGGAUCCAGGAGGCCGACCGGAAGUGUGCGGUGCUGUUGCACCUAGUCGGGCCGGACGUUGCCGACCUCAGCGAGACGCUGCCGGAGGAGACGAGCGAGACGGCCGACAGCUUCGAGCGGCUCACGGGGAAGCUGACGGCCUACCUGUCUCCGGUCAGGAACGCGGUGGCAGAGCGCUCUCUGUUCCACGGGAUGCAGAUGGAGCCUGAAGAAGACCUGGAGAGGUUCCUGGGUCGCCUGCGAGCGCAGGUCGUGCGCUGCGGCUAUGCAGCCACUGAAGUGGACCGGGAGCUGCGCGAUCGGUGCGUGCUGGGGAGCCGAGCCGAUCUGCGGGCCAAGCUGGUAAAGCUGGCCGCCUCGAAGGGCGACGGUUUGACCCUGGCCGAGGUACGGCAGACGGCACGCGCGCACCGCGAUAUGGAGCAGCUCGGUGCUCAGCUGGGCGGCACGCGUCUGGCCGAGGCACCGGCAGCAAACGCCGAGGGAGCCGUCAAUGCCCGGCGGGUGCGGCUGGUGGCUGCGGAGGAGGAACAGACGGACGGCGACGGCGAAGCGUGGCUGGUGAGCUCAGUCGGCGGCGACGCGUGGCUGGUGAACUCAGUCGAAGCCAGCGCCGCGGAGCCGGAAAUGAAGACGGUGACGGUGAACGGCCAGCAGCUGGCCAUGGUCAUGGACACGGGGAGCCCGGUGUCGCUGGUGAGCGCGGAGACAGCGCGGCAGCGGGGGCUUCUGCAGCAGCUGGACCCGUGUGACCUGCGCCUGACCUCGUUCACAGGUCAGGCCAUUCCCUUGAGAGGGGAGGCGCUGGUAAGCGUCACGGCGUCAGGAAGACCCGCGACCCGUCUGCGGCUGGUGGUGACCGGGUUUGGACCCCACCGCCCGCUGAUGGGACGCGAGUGGCUGCAAGCGCUUGGUCUGAUGACGUCACCGGCUCGGGUAUGCCGCGUGCAGCCGGCGCGGACGCUCGAAGGCGUGCUGGAGAGGCACUCGGCGGUCUUCAACGAGGAGCUGGGACGCAUCCCGAUCAAGGUGGGACUGCGGCUGAAGUCGGACGCCAAGCCGGUGUACCGACGGGCGCGUCCGGUGCCGUUCGCCCUGCAGGAGGCGGUGGACCGCGAACUGGACCGUUGGGAGGAGCAAGGGAUCGCCGAGAAGGUGCCUCCUGGACACUUCUCCGGAUGGGGUACGCCGCUCGUACCCAUCCCCAAGAAGGACGGCGUGCGGCUGUGCGCGGACUAUCGGAUCACGGUGAACCCGCAGCUGCAGCCUCUGAAGUAUCCGAUGCGCACACCGGAGGAGCUAUUCGCCAGCAUCCGAGGGAAAAAGUUCUGCAAGCUGGACUGCAGGAACGCCUAUCUCCAGUGCGAGCUGGACGAAGAGAGCCGAGAGAUGACCACAGUGACCACACACCGUGGUGCGAUGCGGAUGAACCGUCUCCCGUACGGGAUCAGCACCUGUGGAGCGCAGUUCCAGGCGAUCAUGGACCAGGUGCUGGAUGGUCUUCCAGGAGUCGUCUGUUACCUGGACGACGUGCUGAUCGGCGCCGACAGCGACCGUGAGCUGAUGGACAGGCUGGACCGGGUGCUGGAGCGGCUGAAGGACAACGGCGUCCGCCUCAAGAAAGAAAAGUGCCAGUUCGGAGUCCGAGAAGUGGUGUAUCUCGGUUGGCGACUGUCUGAGGCGGGUCUGCGCCCAGUGCAAGAGAAGAUGGCGGCCGUCACAGCAGCACCUGACCCUCGGAACGUGCAGGAGCUGCGAUCUCUGAUCGGGUCAGUCAGCUAUUAUCAGCGGCUGCUGCCCAACCUGUCUACCGUGCUAGCGCCGCUCUACGCGCUACUGAAGACGGGCGUCAAAUGGGCAUGGACGGCGGAGUGCGCCGCGGCAGUGCGCCGUGUGAAGGACAUGCUGUCCACGGCGCCGGUCCUGAUGCGGUACGACCCCGUGCUGCCGCUGCGGCUCGUCACGGACGCCAGUGCGACAGGCGUCGGAGCGGCUCUGAUGCAAGUGACGCCCGAGGGGCUCGAGAGGCCGGUACAGUACGCCUCCCGAACGCUCACUCCAACGGAGAGGAAGUACGCCCAGGUGGAGAGGGAAGCCGCAGCCGUCUCGUUCGGAGUGCGGCGGUUCCACCAGUUCCUGUUUGGUCGGCCGUUCACCCUGGUGGUCGACAACAGGACGCUCUCCAGGAUCCUGAACCCGGACCGUGAGCUGCCCUCUCUGGCGGCGGCUCGCAUGCAAAGGUAUGCGCUGCAGCUCGCGGCGUACCAGUACAAGAUCGAGCUGCGCCGGACGGAGGACAUGAGGCUGGCGGACACGAUGUCCCGUCUGUCGGUGCCGGACGAGGCGGAGAACCGGCUGUCGGCAGAAGAGGAGGCGGCGUACGGCGGAGGCGGCGUAAUGUUCAUCGCCGAACAGGGGCCGUGUUUGACCGCGCAGCAGAUAGCAGUGGCCACGCGCCGAGACCCGGUGCUCGCCCGCGCUCUGGCGGCGGUGCGAUCGGGCUGGCCGGCGGUGGUGGACCCGGACCUGGCUCCCUUCAAGAAUCGCCGAGAGGAGCUGACGACCGAGGCCGACUGUCUGCUCUGGGGCGGCCGAGUCGUCAUCCCGAGCAACCUGCGCGACACCGUCAAGCGGGAGCUGCAUGAGGGUCACUUCGGCUGCACUCGCAUGAAGCAGCUGGCGAGGCGCUUUGUGUGGUGGCCGGGACUCGAUGCUGAGCUGGAGGCGCUGGCUCGCGGGUGUCAGGCGUGCGUCUCAAAGCGAGCUGAGCCGCCGCAGGCGACACGGCACCCGUGGGAGCCGACGGACGGCCCGUGGCAGCGGGUGCACGCCGACUUUGCUGGGCCGAUGCUGGGCCAUUCCUUUUUGAUAAUGGUCGACAGCUACACAAAAUGGAUCGAAGCUGUGCCGAUGAAGACGACGACGGCGGCCCGGACGGUGGCCGUGAUGCGCGAUAUUUUCGCCCGUCUGGGACUGCCAGUGCAACUGGUGACCGACAACGGCCCGCAGUUCGCCAGUCAGGAGUUCGCGGCGUUUGUGCGGUCAAACGGCAUUCGUCACACUCGUGUCGCGCCGCACCACCCCUCGUCAAACGGACUGGCGGAGAGAGCAGUCGGCACCGUCAAGAACGCGCUCCGAGUCUGCGCGGCGGCCGGUGGGGGAGUGGACCUCUCUCUGUCACGCGCGCUCCUGGCGUACAGAGUGACGCCCCACGCCGCGACUGGACGAACUCCCGCCGAGAUGCUGUUCGGGCGGAACCUACGCACUCGGAUGAACCUCAUGGUUCUGAGCGCCGAGACAGCUCUGCAGGCGGCUCGGGACCGGCAGCGUGAGACGGCCGGCGGACGGAGCAGGGAAUUCGCCGUGGGAGCUACAGUGUGGGUCCGCUCGUAUGACGGUCGUCAGAAGUGGGUCCGCGGCACGGUGGUCGCCCGCCCUGGUCCCGUGUCGUAUGAAGUGGAUGGCACCAUCAUAACGGGCACGCAGACGGCGCAGCGCCGACUCAUGUAUGUCACCCAGACACAGGAGCUGACAUCCACCCUUGUGGUCAUCUACGCCACUCACCUGACCGCUCAGCACCCAGCCGAACACAGUUCUCUGAGCCACCAUACCCUCUCGCAGUACUCGCGUCUCCCCACUUACCAGUUGCCAGAACUGAUCAACACCGACCAGAAUGUCGAUGUGCAGACUCUCACUCUCUAG